AUGAUUGUUAGGCUUUUGUUGGACAGUGAUUUUAACAGCUGCAAAACCAAGUAUAAAGAACGCUAUUUGACCUGUCCUGUCUAUGUUGGCAGUUUCCAAAUUCACUCAGACUCGGACAAAGGAGAUGGCUCCAUAAAGUACACCAUAUCAGGGGAGGGUGCUGGGACAGUAUUCAUUAUCGAUGAGAUUACAGGGGAUAUCCAUGCCACAGAGCGAUUGGAUCGUGAAGAAAAAACCUACUACACCCUUCGUGCUCAAGCACGGGACAGGCUGACUGACAGACCUCUGGAGCCUGAAUCGGAAUUUAUCAUCAAAGUCCAGGAUAUUAAUGACAGUGAGCCAAAAUUCCUAGAUGGACCAUAUGUUGGCAGCGUGCCUGAGUUGUCACCUGUAGGCACCUCUGUGAUGCAGGUGACUGCUUCAGAUGCAGAUGAUCCAACGUAUGGCAGCAGUGCAAGAUUAUUGUACACCCUGGUGGAGGAACAGGACCAGUUCACAGUGGACCUCAAGACUGGAAUAAUCCGAACGGCUGUAGCUAACCUGGACCGUGAAAAGAAGGACCAUUACAUCUUAGUCAUUCAGGCCAAGGACAUGGCAGGACAGCUGGGUGGAUUGUCUGGGUCAACUACUGUUACAAUCACUGUCACGGACAUCAAUGAUAAUCCUCCUCGAUUCAACCAGAAACUGUACCAGCUGAGUAUGCCUGAGUCGGCAGCUGUCGGAACAACAGUGGGAAGGGUGAAGGCUGAAGACAUUGACUUGGGCCAAAACUCGGAAAUGACCUACACCUUGAAAGAGGAAGAUGGUUCCGAUCGGUUUAGCGUUAUCACGGACACAGAGGCACAGGAAGGGAUCAUCAUCUUGAGAAAGCCACUGGACUUUGAAACCAAGAGGAUACACAGUCUGUUGCUGGAGGCAGUGAAUAAACAUGUUGACCCUCAGUUUGAGAACCUCAGAUCUUUUAAGGACUGGACCAGCGUCAGAGUGAUGGUGAAAGAUGUCAAUGAACCACCUGUGUUCAUCUCACAGGCAAAUGUGAUCAACGUUCAAGAGGACGCCCAUGUUGGGAGUGUCAUUGGCUCUGUAACUGCACAGGAUCCUGACAUAACAAACAGCCCGAUCAGGUACUCUAUUGAUCGUAACACUGACAUGGAGAGAAUAUUUAAUAUGGAUGCCAACACUGGAGACAUCACAAUUGCAAAAAGGCUAGACCGAGAGACGGCAGGAUGGCAUAAUCUGACCGUGAUAGCAAUGGAAGCAGAUGACCACUCCCAAGUGAGCAAGGCUUCCCUUGGUGUCAGGAUUUUGGAUGUCAAUGACAAUGCUCCAGAACUUUCCAUGCCAUUUGAAGCUACUAUUUGUGAAGAUGCCAAAGCGGGUCAGCUGAUCCAUACGGUCAGCGUGGUGGACAAGGAUGAACCACAGGCCGGCCAUCACUUUUACUUCACAUUGGUUCCUGAAGCAGCUGACAGUCGCCAUUUCAGCCUCUGGGAUAUCAAAGAAAACACGGCUGGAAUCCUAACACACAGAAAUGGCUUUAACCGUCAGGAACAGGACAUUUACUUUCUCCCAAUUCUAGUGGUUGACAGUGGACCACCACCCCUGAGCAGCACAGGUACCCUCACAGUCCGGGUGUGUGGGUGCGACAGUGAUGGAACUAUCCAGUCAUGCAGCGCCACUGCAUAUGUUGUUUCUGCAGUCUUGAGCCCAGGGGCACUGAUAGCUCUGCUAGUCUGCAUUCUUAUACUGAUAGUACUUGUCCUACUCAUCUUGACGCUGAAGAGGCACAGAAAGGGUCACAUGAUCUCAGAGGAUGAGGAAGACAUGCGUGACAACGUCAUUAAGUAUAAUGACGAAGGAGGAGGGGAAGAAGACACUGAGGCCUAUGAUAUGACGACAUUGCGAAGUCUAUAUGAUUUUGCAGAAGUUAAAACAAACGGAGAAAACGUGACCCCUGAACUUCAUUCUCUGCCCCAAUGGUUUCAGAAUCCAGAUGCAGAUUUUUCCAUUUUCAGGAGUUUUGUCUGUAAAAAGCUGGAAGAGGCUGAUGCUGACAUCUCAGUUCCUCCGUAUGACUCUUUUCAAACAUACGCAUAUGAAGGCACGGGCUCCGUGGCACAGUCGCUCAGCUCCAUUAACUCUCUGUCAACUGACUCAGAUCAGGACUAUAACUACCUCAGUGACUGGGGGCCUCGGUUUAGGCAGCUUGCCGGACUUUACUCAGGAAACCAGGCAGAUGAUGGAUCAUAG